UGUGUGAGGGAGCCGAGGACCUUUCUGCAAAACUGAACAACAGACAUGGGCCACCCCCUGAUCCACCACCUGUGUUUCCUGCUGCUCAGCGUGCUGGCCUGUCAGUGUCCUGCAGUCAGCGGGCUGUUUGAGUGGCUGAAGAGGACAGAGGCACCUCCAGCAGCAGCACCUCCUGCGGCAGCAGCAGCAGUCCCAGCACUCGUCGCAAAGGAUGCUCAGUUUGAGAUGGGAACUGCUGAUGAGAAGUUUUUGGCUGAGGCAAAGCAUAUGGAGAUCAGCCCAUUAGACAACUGUCACUACAGGGUAGUCGCCCGGCUGAAGGCAAGCUGUGAAAGCCUCUCAGAGGAGCAGCUCGCGAAGCUUGGAGUCGUACUGUUUAACUGCCAGGCAGAGAGUGAGGGGCGCCAGACCUACCCAUGUACAGAGGAAAUGACUAUAAAGGAGUGCACAGCAGACAUGGAUUCAGACACAUGGAAUGCUUACCACAUAGUGAGCAACAGAGCGCGCUCUGUUUGCUACGCAACUCGUCAGCAGCUCUUCCGACGCAGAGCUGAGCACACUGUCAACGCUCUCAUCUCUACAGCCACGAGCCAACUAGACGCAAUGAAGGACCUGAAGGAGGGCCAGCUGGAGCUGAAGGAACUGACUGCAGCCUCCUUGGACAAGCUGCUGGACGGUCACAGUGCUCUGCAGGCCCAACAGGGGAAACUGUUUGAGGGGCAGGGGCACAUGGAGAAUUCACUGAGGGACAACCUGGAGCGUCUGGGCCAGGAGAAAGCCCUCAUCGUCUCUGGACAGGAACUGGUAGCCCAGCUCAUUCAGGGCAUCACAAAGAGAAUGGAGAAUGUGAGCGAGCGUCUGCAGAUCCAAGGCUCAGAGGUGCAGGACAGCCACAAGGCGAUUGUUAAAGACCUGGCAGAUGUGAGACACCAAGCUCAGGACAUCUACCACAAAAUAGACCACAGUAUGUUGGAGUUUCUGCAGUACCAGGACCAGACCUCACAGUACUACACUGACCUGAUGACCAAACUGGAGCGCAUGAACAGCACCCUGGGAUUCAUGCUGCGCUACCUCGAUAUGAUGCAGGGCCGGAUUGAUGAAAGGCUUCACAUGAUCCAGGGCUACCUUGGCUGGGCAGGCUUGAGCCUGACAGCUAUGUGGACGUGUAUUGCACAUGCUGGCUACUUCGUGCUGGGUGCAGUCCUGCUGUCCUUCCUGCGUUGUCCAGGUUUCUCUCGAGCUUUGCUGCUGCUCACUGUGCCUCUCAAUGCAGUGGCUGAAGUCAACCAGCAGCCGGCGCUGGAUCUGUCCGGCCUCAGCCUGCUGCUGCUCACGCUCUCUCUGGGUCACUGGUUUGUGAACCAGUGCUGGGCCUGCUUCAAGGUGAGAAGACAGCCGGCCGCUCCGCUGCCACUGGCCCCGUGUGACAUCGUGGAGCCACAGAAGCAGUCAGUUUCAUCCUGUCACUCACGUCCACCCUCCUCUACACCGCAGAAAGAUGAAAAGGAUGGCUUCAUUGAGCAAGAAGACCUGUUGAAUCUAGACAGUUUCAUAUCAGGUGACUUUGGCAUAUCUGCAGUGUCUCCCCCUCACAGGAAGCCAAUGCCUGAGUCCAGGUUUAUGCCGAUCAUUGGCACACCCAAUCACUCCACUCCCAGACUUGUGCCACAGCCAGUUCUUUCAGCAGCUCUGGUUGACGACAUCCCCCCAAAAAACCUGGGAGGUGUUUUUGAUGUAGUGAACGACUUGCCAGAUUUCGUGAACAACUCACGAAGUUCGAGUCCAACCCCAUCACUCAUCAGCAACAGCUCUCUAUCGGGCCGUCAGCUGUGUAACGGUAUCACAAAAACGGGGAAGGCCUGUAAGAAGAGAGCUGUGCCGGGACAGGAGUACUGCAGAGUCCAUGAAGGGGGGCACACCUCCUACGUUCACUCCUAAAACGCUCAACUUCUCGCAUUGUUUCAUUUUUCUUUGAUAGAGGGCCUUCUCUACACAAGUGUAAUCAGCUGUUAUUGUCAUUUUGUUCUGCCUGCUUGGCUUGGAGAUUAAGUUAGCUGAAUGAGCAAUUCACUUGCAGAUUUUUAAAAACUUUUUAUUGUCAUGUUUCUAAAAUAAAUUAUUUCUUUACCUAUAAAUCUCAGUGUAUUCAAACAGAACCAGUAGUAGGAGCCAUCUCAAAAGCUGAGUUCAGCCAAUACCUUGUUUUUAUAUUUAUCUUCCUAUGAAAUAAAAGAUACAAAAUUCUCAAAUGUCAGAAAUCUCAGCCUGUGACACAGACUUUAAAGAUUUAGGGAAGACACUUCAACACAUUACAAGUAUAAAACAUUUA